AUGUCGACCGCAUCUCGAAAUCGACCAAACCGACGAAUUAAUAGUCUCCAAAGCAGUGAUAGAGCUGCCUUGUCACGAACCGGUUCCGCGUCGCGACAGCGAGCAAAGGUACCCAGUUUCAACGAUGCAUAUACAUAUGCCCUUCGAGUGGCAUAUCUUCACCAUCUUCUCCAGCCACGAGCGAAGAGGAAGCAAUAUGUACCAGCGCCGAAGCCGAUAGCUGUCAAAAAGACUGUGAUGAUUGGGGAACUGAUCCAGGACUUCUCGCUUGUCAGUUCAACAGGCAAAACCAAGCUCCCCCACGGAUUCAUGUCACCACUAGAAAAGCGAUUGCAAGGCGUAUUAGUUGGCAGAGAGAGACUUCCUGGGUUUAACGAUGCUGCCGUCAAGCGGACAUUUGCAGAGGCAUAUACCGCGUUUACGGAGGCCGGGUUUCGGAAACGAAUGGACAAGGAGAGGCGUGUGGAGGAUUUAGUUUUGAUUUUCUACUCCAAUGCGACGAAGGCUUUACAGAAGGGGAAGGCUCCAGACGAUGACACUUGGAAACCCAUGGUCGACCGGCAUGUCGCUCUCUUUGUGAGACUGAUUAGCAACACACUGAAGGAUAAUGGCAAUGAUAAAGAUCGACCUGAGCUUAUGGGCCGAUUGGCGACAUUGGAAAAAAAGCUCCUCACAAACGACCAAGAUUUGACUACGGUCGACAAAGGAGAUACAAGUGGCGGUCAUACCAUUGAAGUAACCGCGCCGCUAAGUUUGGAUGUCAAGGACAUGGUAAUGGUACAGACCGUGACGAAGAUAUUUGGCCUUCGAAGCUCCCAAGUACAGUCUGACAUUGACGCGAGUAGGAAAUUAUGGACAGAGGAAGCAGCUCUAAUGGAUUUGAAAGCAUAUCAGCAUUGUCUUGACUCUAACACCAAGAGAACUUUGAGGAGCGACGACUUCGACUUAGAGGAAGGCUAUCAAACGUGGAAAAAGGCGGAGAUACCAGACCUCUCUCAUAUGAUGGGUGAUAUCUUGAAGGCGAGACCGGAGCUUGUGAAGUCUUCGGGAGGUUCCAACAAGCCAUUGCCAGUGAUUCAUUCCGGUCCUUCCAAUGCUGAGGAGCAGGCGUAUGCUGAGUUAUCAAAAUCACUUUCUAGCCCUGUCGAGUCGAAUACUUUUCAUUCCUUCGACGCACCUGUUGACAUGAGUGCAUUGUCGUUUGAAGAGAACCAGCCCAGUCGGGUUUUUCUCGAAGAGUCUACUUAUACAUUCAUACCUUCUGAGCCACGCGCUUACUACCGUUUAAUUUUAUUACACGCAAUGACUUUUGAUCAAGUUCAUGCACCGGAAAGAACCGACGGCUCGGCAGCCAGUGCUCCUUUAUCGAAGCCUUCCAUGGAGCUGAUGACAGAGUUGGGCGUACGCUGGCGGGUACCACAGUUCAGCCGACUUGUCCUAUUUCUGGAUGUUGCAGCCCAGAAAUUUCUUGACCAAGAAAUACUUCUGGAAGAUCUAGACACCGCUUUUGAAUUUGUAAAGCAUCCGCCACCCGAACCCAAACGGUCUCAGCACCAUACAGCACCCGUUGGGCUGCUAGAAAUCGACCAGAAACACUGGACGAUUCAAGAUUUUGCAACUUAUCGACAGAUCCUCUCCAAUCUAUAUGACGGCCUUCUGCGUGACCUUUACAACGUGCUACAGCAUGUCUACGACAAGAAGCCGGAAUCUCCUGGAAUGAUCCUAGCAUUUCUAGAUCUCCAUAUCUACAAUGACCCUUCUUUCUAUGAAGAAGAAGCUGAUGCUGAUUCCUAUAGAGCACAGCUUACUGAAGGUCUUCGCGGUAAAGCGGCCGCAGUAUAUAGGGGCUAUCUCGAGGCAGAAGUGCCACAAAACCAGGAAGAAUGGGAAUUCUACCACGUCGUUCAGCUUGGGAAGGCAGUGGUAAAGCUUUGUAAUUCGACUCAGAAACGAUAUCGCAAAAACCCCGAAGUCAUGGGUAUUAAUCCCUUGACAAUUUUGGUGGAAACGAUGUUUCCUAGUUUCGAGAAUGACGCUCAUGAUCUAAUUCAGCGCAUCAUGCAGGUCGCUCAAGCCCAAGAAAAGGAAAUCAGCGUCGAGGAUGGCUUUGAUCUGUAUAAGGAGCUCGUAGAAAUACGCCGAAUCCACCAAGCAGCUCUCCCAAGCAAGCCGUUUGCCUUUCAUAUUGAAGACGUCCUAGCUGACUUUGUGUGGCGCUGGAUCCGCAGAAUUGAUGAGACUAUGCUGAGCAUCGUUGAUGGUGCUAUUCAACAUGACAGUUUCGAAAUCAAGUCUGAUAAUCCAAACCAUAAUCCAACCGACGAGGAACGUCACAGUUCUUCCAUCGUGGACAUCUUCCGGAUGUUCAAUGAAACAGCUGAUCAAAUCUUCAAAUUGGAGUGGGACAACGAUGUCCAAUAUGCAAAAUUUAUGACGGCGUUGUCGAAAGCAUUCGGAGCAGGGCUUGGGCGUUAUUGCGAGGUCAUGGAUCAAAGGUUCAAUAAAGAGAUGGAUCGGUUGUCCCCAGCCCAAGAGGCAGCUGCACAGCAGACGAAACAAGAAAAGUGGAUGCAACUUGCAAAGGAUGCCUGGAAUAACAAGGAGAAGAUCGAACCAUUCCAGUUCUAUCCCACAUCUUUUGUAAAACUCAACAACAUCGAGUAUGGCGUUCAGCAACUCGAUGCUCUGGAGAAGAUGAUGAAUGUAGAUGCCUGUGCGGAUGUGCUCAAUAAAGUUGCACCUCCUCGAGAAAAGCAAAGACGCCCAUCCAAAUACGUCUUUACAAUCAAGAUCGUAGAGGGUGAAGAUCUCAAAGCCUGUGAUCCAAACGGUACGAGUGACCCUUACGUGGUCCUUGGAGAUGAGUACGGAAAGCGUCUUGCAAAAACACGAAUAGUCAUGCGAAAUUUGAAUCCACGCUGGGAUGAAUCUGUUGAUAUUACUGUUCCCGGACCUCUCAUGAUCAUUGCGACAAUAUGGGACUGGGACACGUUUGGUGAUCACGAUUUCGUGGGAAGAACAAAUCUGAAGCUAGAUCCUUCACAUUUCAGCGAUUACAUGCCUAGAGAAUACUGGUUAAAUUUAGACACCCAAGGGAGAUUGUUACUGCGAAUAAGCAUGGAAGGAGAACGUGACGAUAUUCAAUUCCACUUUGGCAAAGCUUUCAGAUUGUUGAAGAGAACAGAACGGGACAUGACACGAGUUAUUACGGACAAGCUGUCGCAAUACAUUAACAGCUCGCUGUCGCAGGAGGCUUUGAAACACCUAAUGUCGAGAGGAGGCAUUUCGGUAGCUUCCGUCACCAGUCUUUGGAAGAAUCGACAAUCUGUCAUUGCACCUCCAGCAGUCACACAGUUGGAAAAAGAAAACGCUUUAAAACCUCUCUUUGCAUAUUUCAACGAAAAUUUCCAGAUCAUGAAACAAACCUUGACAGAUGCCUCCAUGGUUAUGGUAAUGACGAGAUUAUGGAAGGAGGUCCUGCUGGCGAUCGAGGGUCUCUUAGUCCCUCCCCUCUCAGAUAAGCCAUCCUCACAGAAACCUUUAACACAAGCCGAGCUGGACACUGUUUUCCAAUGGCUAGAAAUGCUAUUCGACUUCUUCCACGCUCGGGAUGAUGAAACGGGUGAAGUUCUAGGUGUACCAGCCGAUGUGCUCAAGUCACCAAAGUAUCACGAGUUGCAGACUCUGAACUUCUUCUACUUCGACACCACAGACAAUUUGAUCCGCACCUCGGAACGUAUGGCCUCUGCAACUGCACAGCGUGCUCAGCAACAACGCAACCGGUUGUCUGCUCCCGCAUCACUCGGAACCUCGUUCGGCUCCCUCCUCGGUACAACUUCUAUGAAGAGAGCGAAGAGUAUCAUGAUGUCCCGAAAUCUCGGUACUAUGCGGAAGGCUAAAGAGGAGAAACGCAAAGAGGCUCAGGCUGACCCGAGUGAUGAUAUGAUCUUGCGAAUCCUCAGAAUGCGACCAGAAGCGGCCCCAUAUAUCAGAGAUCGUUCAAGACAGAAAGAGAGGCUGGCUGCAGCUGCCGCAGCGGAAAUGAUUACGGUAGUUGAUUAUCUUUCACUGAAAAGUAUAACCAUGCAUCCUGGAGCUGUGAGUGGAGUGAAGAGAAACGAAGAAAUGAUUUGCAUGGGCGUAUGGGGGAGUAUUGAUUACCUGCGAUUUUCAAGAUACAGUACAUUGGUUGUUCUAGCUUACAACAUUUUUGGCGGUCCAUCGAUCAUCGCAGCAAGGUGUUUUAUUUGA